AUGGGGCUGUUCCCCCUCGGCCCGAACACGGCGCCGACAUUCACCCUUCCUCCGCUGGAGGAAGACGCGCCAGGUGCCGAGCGCCUACUCGGAACGUUGGGACGGAGGGUGCUGGCUGUCCCCGCCUUCUCCGUCCUCAAACCUGAGAUCCCAGAAGACACUGUUCUUCCCUCACUCCCUGAUAUCGGCGAGCUCGAUCUGAGUGUCGGGAACGGCAUCUUUCCCUCUCUCGAUGUCGGGGUAUACGGGGCUCCUCCGGAGGUGGAAGACGCUCAGCCAUCACCCACCGAGCUGCGGAAGGGAGUUGAGGAGUGGAGCGCAGCCGCGGACUCCAUUGCUGGGCCCUCGAGGUCACAACCACUUACAUGGGACGGCACAGCUGCGCGCCUCCUCUCUGAAUCCACUAUUUUCGAGGCCUUUCUCGUCACCUCCGAGCCGCCCCUCGCUCUCCCGAAGAUACGUACGCCCGCAACAUCAGUGCCAGCACCGGGGCGUUCUGUUCUUGAUCUCCUCAUGCGCGCGACGCUUGGUACCGCGCUGAGCGGCACAGUGCGCUGGUCGACCCGCCGUGGCGGGUUCGUGUACUCUGAUACAGGGCCGAGGCCAGCAGGCCUCGAGCGGCGCACAGCUGAGAGAGUGAUGGACGAGUUUCUUGCCAUCGGGACCGCUGUCCGGCGCCUCGAGAUCAUCGUGUCGGAGCACAGCUCAACACCACUCACUCCCACGCAUCACGCCCUUUUCUACACUCUCUCCACUAUCUUGACCUAUGUCAAGGACCGGCUCGCCGCCGGAGUUGAGGCUACGUUUCAAGAGAUUGACCCGAGUGCGCCAUGGCUGCGACGCGACGCGGCUUUGGCUGGCACUCGUGAGCUCACAGCUACACUGUGCGAGGUUAUGUGCUGGCCCAUCGACACGGUCAAACCGAUCGGUCUUCCAGCGCGGCCCGCUUCCGUACUCACACACCUACACGCACACCUUGUUGCACAUAUCUCCACCGCCACCACUGAGCAGCAGCGCAGCUAUGUCGUUCUCUCACUAGCUUACCUUCUCUCACACGCUUCGAAGCCGUUCCUUGACCUCUUGCACCAAUGGAUUGGGCUAGAGGACGACUCGCGCACGGAGGAGUGCGAAGACCCAGAGGCGCAACCGUGGGUCGACCUGGGCAUCACGCGCAAGGCCCUUCCUCCCACUGAUGGGUACGGUGUACGAUGGGAGUACACCUUCUCUGCCCGUCGCAUGCCUGCGUUCGUGCCCCGCGACGACCGGCGUGCGCUGUUUGAAGCGGGUCGCAGCCUGCGCGCGUUGCGGGAAGCGUCAAAGGGUCUCCAUCCGCUAUGCUCGACCGACUGGCCAAUCCGCGCGUCGUGGGGCUGGGGCCGCGUUGACGAUCCGCCUAACGAUUUGCGUUCACACGCUCGCCGCGUGCAGCGCGAGAUCGAUUAUUGGCGGGGUGCCUCGGCGCUCCGAGCUCGCACGAUCUCGGCAUCCUCGAUCGGAAGUCUCCAUUCUCGGCGCCGCACGGUGUACACACCAACACCACCUUCCUCCCAUGAUCCAAGUGCCCCAUCGUCACCAUCCAAGUCCACUACUGGCAAAGACAAGGACGCCGACUUUUGGGCCGUGUUUAACCUCCCUCCAGGUGGCCACAUGGGAUCCAAGAACUCUGCCUCAUUGUGGGUCCCAGCACCACUCGAUGAGCUCGACGCGUUCGUCCAGCGCCACUCCGGCCUGGAUGAGCCUCUGCUCCCAAGUGACUCGCCCACUCUCGAACUAUACAUUUCGUCACACCUCCUAGCGCCUUUAUUAGCCCACGCGGCCUUGAUCUCACGCUCUCUCGUCUCCCUCUACAUCGACGACCUGCACUUCCUGGAUCACCUCGAUGUUCUCAAGGCGUUCUGGCUUGGCGGUGAUGCCGGGUUCUCGAAACGGGUAGGUGCGGCUCUCUUCGGCAAGGACCAAGCCGGGGCUGGAGGCGCAUUAGGAUUGGGACGCCGUGCUCGUACUCGCGCUCGAUUGGGACUAGAUGGUGGAGGUUCUGACUCAUCUCAAAGCAGCUGGGGAGUUGGCCUCGGGCUCGGCCUUAGCGAUCGCACGAAGUGGCCCCCGGGUGGCUCUGAGCUCGCGUACGCCCUGCGCACGGCGCUGCUUGAUGACGAGAUCGCCGACCUGUGCAACAAGGGACCAGUUUGGGAGAACCUCGAGGAUCGCGUCUCGUUCGCCGUUCGCUCCCUGCCUGACGAAACCGAGGGCGGGCGACGAGCUCGCUGGCUCAAUCCACAGGCCAUUGAAGCACUUGACUUUCUCUAUUUGGUUUACUCGCCGCCGACCGCGAUUGCCACGCUGCUCCCGACCAACAUCAUGGACAAGUACCAGCGAAUACACAACUUCCUGCUGCGGCUGUCGCGUGUUGACGCUGUCCUGCGGCUGCUGUACUUCUCCGUACUUCGACCCUCUCCCCCACCAGACGCCUCCCCACUGAAGACAGGUGCGGAUGCCACGUACACCCGGAUGUCAUCGCAAGUUAGGUUACCAACUAGAGCGCAGCAUGGACCCUUCCCCGCUGGCUCUGAAGCGGAGAAGACGGCGCUGUUCCUCCGCUACGAGAUGUCGUGGUUCGUUUCGUCUUUGAGCCGCUACGUGCUCGAUACGGCUGUCGGACACAACUGGGACGUGAUGCGUCAGCGGCUGGACAAGCUGCGCCGUCGAGGGGCCAUGGUCACGGGCACCGACUCGCGUCCGAUAACGCCUGGGGCAGAGUAUGACGACGACUACGAGGACCUUGACUUUGAGCUCGAUGAGGCAGGCGGCGACGCCGAGGACGAGGGCAUCGCCCAACUUGGCUCCUUGUCACAGCUGCAGUCGGCGCACUCUCUUGUACUGUAUCACAACAUCAUCCUGAACCGCGUCCUUCGCGCAUGUUUGCUGAGUGACAAACCUGGGCAUCAAGUCACGCUCAAGAUUCUCAUGGCGCUGCUGUCCCUCAUCCUCGAUCUGGCAAAGACAGUUGCCGAAGUCGAACGGGGAGCAAUGGCCGUGGCCAACGCCGCGAUUCGCGUGUCGACGAUCCGACAGGACUGGUCUGACAAGAAGGCUGUCUUCCUGCACGCGUUGGAACGACUCUCCCUGCGCACGAGUACGACGCAAUCCCUUGAUCGGCAGACAGAGAAGACCUCUGAAGAGGCCGAUCUCCAACUCCUGCUCGACGGAGAGGGUGACGAUAGGGUGGAGUCACAACAUGCCGCGCCAGGCUCUGUUGAGCUGCAGGAGCUUCUGCUCCGGCUCAGGCUGGGUGAACCAGGCGCUCGGUCAGGACGUUGGCGUGAGGGACGGUGA